UCUUGACUACGUAAGCUUGACUGGAAAGGAAAAGGAUAUUCAGCAAGCUGCUUGGAGGUGUUGAAGUACGACUAAAACAGGACCGAAAAUAACGUAUUAACGUCGAAUGAUUGAUUGUUCAAACCAAGAAACUGAAGACACACGAGAGGUCGUCUAACUAAAAUCUGUACAGACUUCGAUAGUAAUGGAGUUAAAUUCGAGUGGCCAGUCUCCUAGAGAAGAAGGGGAGCUUGAAGACGGAGAGAUAUGCGACGAUGACACCGAUGAAAAGCUGUUGUUGCCGUGGGAUAGGAGGCCUAACGUUACUACUACGAGUAGCGCCACAAGCACUUCAGUACGAUGUGCACGGAAAGCAAAGCCCUCGGCGAGGUCGUUGCCCUCGAUGAUGGGAGCCCCGCCAGGUCAGGAUUUUCGAUUAAAAAUGCCGUUCAAUCGCGGACCUCACCCGCACCCACCCUUCCCCCCAGGACACAGACAGCCAGGUGGCCCGAGCGGACCCGACCGGCCGCUUUCAGGACAGCACUGUGACACUGGCCCUCGGUCCUCUUUUUGGGAGCGCAGCCACACGGCUCUUGGUAGACUAAGGUACCGAGGGAAACCACACGAGAGUCGCGGUGGUUGGGGAAGAGUAGGUUGGGGGGAAGGUGGGGGAGGGAGAGGGACUGGAAGGCCGCCACCGGGCCGGUUUGCUUUCGGGGAAAAUCAUGGGAAUCGAAAGGAGUCCCCUUCACGAAAACAGAAGCUUUUCGGGAGGAAUCAGGUAAGAAAACCCAUGUAUAACUCUGCCAAAACCGAGAACGGUGUUGACGAGAGCUUCGAGGACCUGCUCAUGAAGUACAAGCAGAUCCAGCUGGAGCUGGAAUGUAUUCGCAAGGAGGAACGGAUGGCGCUGGACCCCAAAGCGGACUCCCCUCCCAAGGAGACGGAGGGCCCUGGAGGUGUUAAGACUGAACAGGUAUUGGAGUCGGACAGUGUUCAGGGGGAGGCCGCGGGCGAGGCCCCCCCGGAUCCGGAGAAGGCGGAGAAGAAGGCUUUCCAGGCCUUCAAUCUGAAGCCGCUGAGGCAGAAGCUCCUGACCCCGGCCGAGAGGGACGCCAUGAACCAGAAACCCGCUACGGACGCGGACGGGAGCCCAGAGGCCACGCCUCCACCGGCUCUCGCAGCCACUACACAAGUUGAAGAUGAAGAUGAGGACGAUGAGGAGGAGGCGGAUUUGGACUUGUCAAAUAUAUCCUGCGUAAGCAGCAAGUCCGAUGUCCCACUUGUGAAGGCGGGGCGGGGGAAGGACGAGGAUGACGAGCUGUCAGAGCUGCAGCUCCGCCUCCUGGCCCUGCAGUCGGCCAGUAAGAAGUGGCAGCAGAAGGAGCAGCAGGUGAUGAAGGAGAGCAAGGAGAAGAUCACCAAGGCCAAGCCCGCGCCGGAGAAGGGCGGCGUGGGGCCCAAAGCCGGGCCAGAGAAGGCCAGACCAGGGCUGAAGGCCCCCCAGGAGAGGGGGAAGAGCGUGCCCAAGACCCACCCAGGCAAGAAGAACAUCAGUCCAGGUUCAGUGGCCAAACAGGCGUGGCGCAAGCAGCAGCUGCGCACCUGGAAGCUGCAGCACCAGAAGGAGCAGGAGGAGCAGCGGCUGCAGCAGGAGGAGGAGGAGGAGAGGAGGAAGAGGGAGGACGAGAUCCGUAAGAUCCGGGACCUGUCCAACCAGGACGAGCAGUACAACCGCUUCAUGAAGCUGGUGGGGGGCAAGAGACGCUCCCGCAGCAAGUCCGUGGACACGGAGCACAGGAAGUCCCUGGGCAAGCAAGGCCUGGACACGUCCGGGAACCUCUACCAGUACGACAACUACGAUGAGGUUGCCAUGGACACGGACAGCGAGGCCAGCUCGCCAGCUUCGUCCCCAGUGCGUGACGCCCUCGGCAUCGACGCUCCGCCAUUCAUCCCCCCGACGCACCCCUUCCCCACGGACUCUCCCCCACUCAGCCUGGCCCCGGCUCAGUGUUUCCCGGACCCCCUGUCCGUGGGCCCGUCCCCGGGGGCGCCUCCCCCGCCCCUGCCCCCCCUCCCGCCGGACGAGCCCGAGAUGCCCCCCAAGCCCCCGUUCGCCGACGAAGAGGAGGAGGAGGAGAUGCUGCUGAGGGAGGAGCUGCUCAAGUCCCUGGCCAGCAAGCGAGCCUUCAGGCCCGAGGACACCUCCAGCAACAGCGCCCCUCCCUCCCCCCCGGCCAGCGCAGCCGCCCCGGUGGUGCCCAGGGGUGCCCUCGCCGCCCUGCCCACGUCACGAGCUGCCAGCACCAAGUUCAGCCGAGGACAUCCCCCCCCUCGCCCUCCGCUGGUGCUCCCCAGGCACAAGUCGGUGGUGGUGCGGCUGAACGGCUCCGAUGACAGCGACUCUGAGGGCGACGCCCCCAGCCCCGCCCGCAUGGCCUUCGGAGGCCUGGAGUUCAUGAUCAAGGAGGCCCGGAGAACAGCGGAGGCUGCCAAACCCAAGGGCAGCUCUGCUUCAGAGAAGGAGAAUAACCCAAUCAGGACGCCCGAGGCGCUUCCCGAUGCCAAGAAGAUGGAGUACCGGCGCUUGAAGGAGGAAAUCGCCAGCAGGGAGAAGCAGCGCGUGCUGAGGCCGGACGCCUCCCGCCAGGCUCCGCCCGAGUCUGAGGUGGACACGGCGGGGAGAGCCGCUGCUCAGCUACAGGUCACCGAGGCGGAGAACAAGCUGGCCAAACACAAGAACCUGCUGCAGAAAGACGAGGUCCUCCUCAAGCACCUCCUCCAGCAGGAGCAGCGGAAGCGGGAGUCGCUGCGCGCGGCCGAGGCCAAAGCCGCCAAGCUGAAGGAGCAGCUCCUGGCGUCGGAGAAGAUCGCCGGCGCCAACCGGCUGCUCUUAAAGAAGCUGGAGGAGCAGGUCCACCGGGUGCAGCACCGCGUGUCGGUGAAGAAGCACCAGGCGCUGAAGCUGGAGAAGGACCUCGCCCAGGCGCGGGCGGUGGCGGGGAGAGGCGGAGUCAAGCGCAGGAAUGACCCCGCCCACUUCACUCCCAGGAAGCUGCAGCGAUUGGACGGCUCUCCCCGCACGUCGGAGCAGCACUUCGCCGCGCUCAUCGCCCAGAAGCAGCGGCUGCAGCAGCUGGAGUCGGAGUACGCCCUGAAGAUCCAGCUGCUGAAGGAGGCCCAGGCCCUCCGCCACCGGGGGGCGCCGCCGCCCCCGGCCCCCAGCCCCGCCCCCUUCCCCCUGCCCCAGCCCUCGCUGCACGACCUGACGCAGGACAAGCUGACGCUGGCCAGCGAGGACGCCGAGGCCGAGGCCGAGGAGCUGUCCCCCGCCAGCGCCGCCACGCGGGGGCGCCGCCGCUCCUUCCGCGAGUCGGGCUUCUUCACCAAGCCCAAGCUGCGCCACCCGGACGUGUCGCCCGGGAAACCCGCCAAGCCCGCCGCCGGCUCGCCCGAGCUGCUGCUGGGGCUCAACCUGGAGGACCUGCGCCAGCGCUACCUGGAGUCGGACCGGCUCGGCCAGCUGAUGCAGCGCGGCCUCCUGGCCACCGGGGGAGCUGUGGGGAGCCGGCUGCCCACGAAGGAGAUCCCUGUGGAUGUGGAGCUGCUCUCUGUGCCAGCGACUCGUGGGGAGCUGAAGCCAGUGCCAUUCGGACCCUAUCACAGCCCCCUACUGGCCUUCAGAUCUUACAGAUUCAGUCCGUAUUUCCGCACCAAGGAGAAACUGUCCCUCAGUUCCGUGUCCUACAGCAACAUCAUCGAGCCGGAAAAGUGUUUCUGCCGCUUCGACCUGACGGGCACGUGCAACGAUGACGCCUGUCCCUGGCAGCACAUGAGGAACUGCACUUUGAACGGAAAGCAGUUGUUCCAGGACAUCCUGUCCUACAGCCUGCCCCUCAUCGGCUGCUCCGAGAGCAGCACCGACCAGGAAGUCAGCGUUGCCACCGAAAAGUACAUGAGCAAGCUGUUUGGUGCCAAUAAGGACCGCAUGGGCACGGACCAGAAGGCCGUGCUGCUCGUGAGCAAAGUGAACGAGAGCCGAGGCCACGUCCCGCCGCACACCACCUGCAAGGAGGCCAGGAAGUGGAGGCCACGCCCGGCGCGGAACCCGAAGCCGGAGACGGGCAGGGACAGCAGCGACGAGGACCCAGCCGACAGCCUGGGGCUGGAGAAGCAGGAAGGCUGCUCGAAGCCCCUCUGGAGGCAAAGCUCCGCCCUCGAUGUGUGCGUCACGCAGGACGACGAGCGCUACUUCACCAACGAGACGGACGACAUAUCCAACCUGGAGACCAGCGUGCUGGAGAGCCCGCGGGACGUGCAGCUCUGGAUCAAGCUGGCCUACAAGUACCUCAACCAGAAGGAGAGCUCCGCGGCGGAGUGCCUGGACGCGGCCCUGAACACGCUGGCCCGGGCGCUGGAGGACAACCGCUGCGACGCGGAGGUGUGGUGCCACUACCUCACCCUGUUCUCCCGCCGCGGGAAGAGGGAGGAGCUGCAGGAGAUGUGCGAGAUGGCCGUGGAGCACGCCCCCAGCUACCAAGUGUGGUGGAAGUACCUGACAGUUGAGAGCUCCUUCGAAGGCAAGGACUUUGUCUGCGGACGCAUGCUGCAGUACCUGCAGGGUGCUGCAGGGGGCGCCUGCUCGGAGCCGCAGUCCUUCCAGCUGCUGGAGUGCCUGCUGUACAGGGUGCAGCUCAGCCUGUUCACUGGCCGGCGGCAGAACGCCCUGGCCCUUCUGCAGAGUGCCUUGAAGCCAUCGAGUGAGCAGAAGGGCAUGGUGGAGCAGCUGACGGUGGCUGAUCGCUCCCUGGCCUGGCUGUCCUACAUCCACCUGCUGGAGUUUGGCAGCCUGCCCGCGGGCCUGUUCGACCCGGCCCAGUCCAACCCGUCCCGCAUCGUGUGCACCGAGCCCUUCCUGCUGCCCUGGGGCUCGGCGCGGGACGUCCGGACCCAGCCGGACGCGCUCCUCGCUCUGUUCCGAGAUGCUCUGCAGCAGUGUGCAGAUGAGACGCUGUCGCUGAGGGAGCGGACGCUGGCCUGCCUGCCCCUGCACACCAACAUGAUCGCACUGCACCAGCUCCUGGGAAGGCUGGAGCCGGCGGUGGAGCUGUGCGAGGCGGCGCUGGCCCCCUGCCCCGACUGCUGCCCCCUGCUGGAGGCGCUGGCCGAGCUGCACCUGGCGGGGGGGACGCCGGACAAGGCCCUGAAUGUGUGGCUGAGCGCGCUGCUCAACACCCCGCACAACGCGCAGAUCCUCUACCACGCCUGCAAGUUCCUCCUGUCCCAGGAGCAGUCCCACACCAUCGCCCCGCUCUUUAAGGAGUUUGUUUUCUCUUUCUGCGAGGACGAGCUGAGGGAGCAGCAUCCUGUGCUUGUGCUGCGGUACAUCCUGGGUUUUCCAGUGCAGGGCACCCUGAAGGCUCCUCCAAUCAGAAAAGAGCUGAGGGAUCAGCUGACCGCGCAGAUGCCUUACAUGUGUGUGCUGCACUGCCUGUGGCAGUCUCUGUACGGCAGCCUGGGCGAGGCGGUGGACGCUUUCGAGAGGGCCCUGGGCACCGUCAUGCAGCGCGACGUGGUGCAGAGGCUGUGGCUGGAUUAUCUCCUCUUCACCAGUAGUGCGCUCGCCGGGUCCCAGUGCAAGAGGCGCGACCUGAGCGCCUUCACCGACCUGCUGCAGCGUUGCCUAGUGACCACCCCCAGCAGACUGCCCGUCCCCUUCAGCUCCGCCCAGUACUGGAACUGCUACAGCUUCCACAACAAGGUCAUAUCCUUCUACCUGGGCUGCCUGCCCCCGUCUCAGCACUCCUCCGUCCUGGAGAGGCUGCGAUACGUCAUGCCCAGCAACACUGAGCUGGCACUAAGGUUACUGCAGCAGGAGUGGCAGGAGGGGAACAUCCAGCACCUGAAGCUGCAGAGCCGAAUGCUCAGUAACAGCAUCCCCGGCUGUCUGGCUAACUGGCAGAUCGCGAUCGCGGUGGAGAGGGAGUUAGACGGACGAUCCGAGGUGCGUCAGCUUUACCGGCAAGCCCUCCAAAAGCUUCCUCUGUGUGCCGCUCUGUGGAAAGAUCGACUGCUGUUUGAAGCUGCAGACGGAGGUAAAACUGACAAACUGAGAAAACUUGUUGCCAGGUGCCAAGAGGUCGGAGUGAGUCUAGAUGAACCGUUAAAUUUAGGGCCAACCGGAACGGAGGGGAAGGACUGCUGAGCUCUAGAGCUGCAGCUAAGUCAUCCCCAAAAGACCCCUCAGCCCAAAAAAAACUAAUAACUCAAAUUUGAAAAACAUUUAAAUUCACUUCGCAAAAUAUGCAACAACAAAAAAAAUUUUAUCAGCCCAAUUUAGCUUGUGUGAGAGGCAAACUUGGCAAGUUGUCAGACCCUCCCCAAAUCAGUGUUCGCUCCGGACGAGGGUCAUUUGGAAAACCCGGAAAAGGCCGUGACCGGAAGACAAAUGAACUCCUGAUUGUUGAGUAUCUGGGCUGCAUUUAUCUUCUUGCACCGCGUACGUAAGUAUGGUCCUGCUCAAUGACAGAUGUCUUUGCUCCUUUUUUAAUUUACCCGUUCCUUUUUUUUUUUCGUUUGUUUUUUUUUUUUUGUUUCGUUUUUUGUACUGUCAUUUAUAAUUUUUCGUUGAUUUUUGUUUUAUAACGUGAGGUUUCCAGUGCAAUGCCAGUGACAUCUUUCUGUGAUGUUAACGUUUUGCGUGUUUUUAGGCCGCUCUCCUCUUUUUUUCCCCCGCUCCGCCCCCUUGCUUCGUAUCGGGGGGGCGAAGGCUCAGGCUCCUUCACGUUUUGUUUUAGACGGUAAAAUCGCAAAUAAACAGAUGGAUUGCCAGGGGGAGAAAGUAUUUUAUUUGGCCCUCCGGUGGCCGCCGCUGCCGCCGCCGCGUUUGAGACACUGCUGCCGGGACUGCCGAAUGUUUGGAAGGCGAGAGCGCCGCUGGCCAAUCGCGGCGGGGCUGACUCUGAGCGCCCCGGCGACGCGUCAGAACUCACAAACCGCUCCCGAUUAAAUGUCCUUGUGCAAUCUUGUUUUUUGUCAAAAUUUAACAUCCAUUAAAGAGUACCUAAAGAAGAU